GUCCUCGCUCCGUUUCCGUCCACGUCGCAUCUCUCUUUUCUUCUUCAUUCCCGUCACUUGUCGUCGCUGGUCGCUCAAGACCUCGUCAUCCUACCCAGCCAUCGGCACACACAGUGGGAUCGUCAUCGCCACCGAUCCCAGUCUCACCGUCAAUCACAUAGCAUCAAUCAUCGUUCCACUGUUCCCCCCAUUAUCCUCCCUCAUCACCCAUCACCUGUCUCCCAUCAUUCUUAUCUCUGCCACUCUCUCCUUCCUACUUGCAUCAAGUUGCCACAGUCGCACGAGACCCCUGCCCGACUCUCUCCUUUCGUACUUCCCGACACGAUACACGGACCGAGCGCGCGCCACCGCCUGAUCACGCCCUGACGCAUCGCAUCACUGGCUUUGUUGUGAAACGCUCGACAUGGGUCUAAACUCGCCCCUCCCAUCGUCUCUUCGCGAUGAGUGCCGCAAGGCCGCCAAGAUCGUCCGCAGCUUUGUCGACACUCACAAUAAUGGGCUGGACAAGGUGGUGCCACGCUAUGUUCUUGAGCGAGCCGCUGGCUUUGCGAUUUUCACGGUCGCGAAAGCGGGUUUCCUCUUCUCGGCGCGUGCGGGAAGCGGACUAGUGAUUGCGCGGACGGCCGAUGGCUCGUGGAGUCCGCCCACCGCCAUUGCAGUCGGCGGCGUCGGGUUCGGAGGACAGGCUGGUGCAGAAGUCACCGACUUCCUGAUUGUCCUCAACUCGCGCGCGGCCGUCGCAAACUUCAUGAGCGCCGGUAGCCUGACGCUUGGCGGUAACCUUUCUAUUGCCGUUGGGCCUCUGGGACGCAAUGCUGAGGGUUCUGGCGCCCUCAACACAAAGGGGCAGGUGGCCGCCAUGUACUCUUACUCGAAGACCAAAGGGCUCUUCGGCGGCGUCUCGCUCGAGGGAACUGUCAUCGCGGAGCGACAGGAUGCUAAUCGCCUAGCAUAUGGUGGCAGCCCAACCGCCAAGCAGAUUUUGACUGGGGCUUUCGACCCGCCCGACUGGGCUUACGUCCUUAUCGACAUGUUGGACCGCUCCACGGGGUUGCCUGGAGGGCAGACGUGGGUCGACGAUGCCCCUGAGGACGUCGGCGCGAUGGGCUGGAGCUCGCCUUAUGGCGGGCGGACUGGGGCUGGGUACGCGUUCGGCGAGGGUGUUGGUGCCGGCGGAUCAACGACUUCAAACAGAAAGCGUUCAAGCUCGCUCUUCUCCAUCGGGGGAAACAGCAAAGCGCGCGAUGACGCUGCUGCGAGCGCCAUAAAGAUGGGCCCAUCGAGCGAGUCUUACAACUCAAACGACCCCGACUAUGUGGGGCGCGAAUCGGAACGUAACUCGCGUCGGAGCAGCAUCAUCCGGCCGUACAGCGCUAAGCCAACGCCUUCGCCCUUCGCCUCCGAGCUUGACGGCUCCCGCAGCGGCACCCCUCGUCACGGAACGCCGCGCCACUCACCUCCACCUACUUUUGGCACACGCUCGCCUGUCAGCGGCUCGGAGCGCAGCUCCUCGGACCGUGACAAUGAUCUGCUUGGCUCCGACGAGUGGAGCUCGCGCAGCUCUGUUCCAGGCCAGAGCCAGAGCCGCAAGAUCAACCACUCACACGAGCGGGACCUCCUCGGCUCCUGGGAUGCCGACCCGCAUGGCUUGACUACGAACUUUGCCAAGCUGAGCACUUCGCACAGCGAGUACUCAAACGGCAAUGGGUACAUGAAUGGACUCGGCAGCAAGGGCCUUUCCCCAAACCGGACACCGAAUCGGUCGCGCGGCAACUCGCGCGCGUCCCAAACUCCGUUUGACCCCAUUGAUGAGGUUCGCGUGCACGAGACGACGAGCACGUUUGCGACGCGCGACUGGGUGCUGCCAGACGACAUGAUACCUUCACGCGAGAAGAAGCAGUGGCGUGAGCGCAAAGAGCGCUCGUUCUCAAGCUACGCCGCGCCCGCUGGCUGGAACUGGAAGGACGACGAGGAGCGCAUGCAGGCGCGCGACCAAGUCGACCUGACGUAUGACGACCACCGCCCAUUCGACGACUACAUGCCCAAGCCGCGCAUGCCUGGCCCAAAGCCGAACCUGGCCCUCAAAGCGGGCCUGGACGCCGCGGACGGGUACGCACGCGCAGUUGCACUGUACGACCUCGCCGCAAGCGCCGACGGCGACCUGGCUUUGCGCAAGGGUCAAGUGAUAACCGUUCUCGACAGCGACGGCGACGCCGGCGAGUGGUGGAAAGGCCGCAGCACCACCGGCGAAACCGGGCUCUUCCCUGCUAACUAUGUCGAGGUCCUCGACAUCCCGCGUGACUUGCGCGGUGGUGUUACGCGCUCGAUGCUCCGCCGCCGCGUCCUCGCCUUUGACCCAUGA